AUUCGUCGGUUACAGAUGAUAAAAUCAAAAAGAAGCUACACAUAAAUAGUCUUACUUAACAAUAUUUCUCAUUCAAAAUUUUAGAAGCGGCGGUAGUUUGACAUUUUUAUUGAAUUUGCACACCGUAUAAGAAUUAAAUAUUUACUUUUUAUAAAAGGAAAUCAAAGAAAUUAUAAUCUGUGAGGAUACCGAAACCAUUUCUUAUAUUCCUUGAAAAAGCAACCAAACUUUCAAAAGGGAUUCUCAGUGGAGGCAAUAUGUUUGAGAGGAAUCCUGCGACGGCAAGAAUAGGCGAGGAGAUCUUGCCUUUCGAACUGGGAUAUCUUCCUGAGUAUUUUCAGAAAAAGGCAGCCGCGGAGCUCAAUGAGACACCAGACAGGAAAGAACAAUCACUUCGCCAACUAAAAGAAUUUUUGAAAGCUGACAAGCAUACAAGUGGCUUUAUAUUUGACGACGACUUUCUGAUUCAGUUCCUGAGAGUCAAGAAAUAUAACAUGGCUAAGGCUUUCUCUCAAAUAAAGGCGUAUAUUACUCUAAGGAAGAAAAAUCCACAAAUAUUUCUCAACCUUAGCUACGAAUGGGUCGUGAGGACUUUGCAAGACAGAGCGCUAACUAUCUUGCCUUAUAGAUGCCAAGACGGUUGUACAAUCAUCUUUAUUGAACUUGAUAAUUGGAAUCCUGAAACAUUGCCCAUCGAACAAGUUAAAAAAGCAUUUGUGAUUUACCUUCUUCAAUCCCUUCGAGAACCCAUGUCACAAGUCAAUGGUAUCAAGGCAAUUAUUGAUGUAAAAAGUAAUCCUAUAAGGCAUGUGAGAUACUGCACACCAAGUAACUUGCAUCUUAUCUACUAUGGCAUCCAGGAAGUUUGUCCCAGCAGGUAUAAGGAAGUUCAUAUAGUAAAUGAUUCAUUAGCAUUUAAAGCUGCCUGGUUCAUUAUUAGACCAUUUCUAUCAGAAAAGAUAAGGAAAAGGGUAAAUUUCCACAAGAGUUCAGAAACUUUACUUAACUUCUUCCCGAAGGCAAUUCUGCCUAAGCAUUUUGGAGGUGACCUUGAAAAUUAUCAAGUAUGGGAUUGGUUGAAGAAAGUGACGACACCAGAGAAGCUUGCAACCAUUGGUGGAAUAAAAAAUUGGCCUUCUCAAAACGACAGACGUCGAUCUACAUGAAGAACGAUAAUAUUAGGCUUAUCAUCUAUCUUUUCCUUACUUCUGUACAUUUUAAGAAAUUCAUGAUAAUAUUUUAAAGCUUUAUUAUGCAGUGUGCUGUAAAUUUAUGUUCUUGAAAAGACAGUUGUAGAACAACUUUGUAAAGAAGAUUAAGGUUAUUUAGUUCCAAUCACCAGAUGUUCUUUGAAAUUGAGUUGUUUCUAGCAUUUUAUUAACGGACAUAAUAACGUUUAUCAGAAGAAUUUUCAAGUUAGCAAUAAUAAGUACUUCGAUCGUUAAUAAGGAACUACAAUAGAUAAAUGAACAUUCAAUAGUUCGAAGACCACUGUGUUAAUAGUUAACUGAUAAUUUAAUGAUUUUAAAUAUUUAUAAAUAAUAUUUUUCAUUAGUUCUCUUUAACAUAAAUAAGAAAAGAAAAGAAAGGAUGGUAGACUUUGGUGAGCCUCAGAGAUAAAAUGGAACCAAAGAAUUUGGAAUUUUAAAAACAUUUUUUUCAUUUUGGCAUUCCUUGGUUUGGAGUACAUUUUAUGUAGAUUCAUUCUUAUGUGAUAUUCACUGAAAUGUCUAAAUGUUUGUGUAAAUAAGUGUAAGAUAAAUGUUGAGAAAAUAAUUAUGUGAUGCUUAUGUCUUUCAAAGUAAUUAGUAUUUGCCAUGACAUUUAAUCUUUCGCUGCCAUGUUAGGCUUAAAAUGCCUCUUCUGUAAAACAGAGUGUAUGUUUUUAGUAUAAAGAAUUUCGUCAUUA